AUAAAAGUUGGGUGCGGGGCAGGGAGUAGGUCUUUGCGCGUCCAGCGGCCUCUGAGGAGAGAACUGAUGUAUCUGUCCGGCCAGGCGCCAUGACAUCAUCACUUGACCGCGCACAAUGUCGUGACAUCACUCUGCAUGCCGCCAGAUACGCUAGCACUCUUCUCUGCCAGGAGCUUUAGUACAAUUCAUGCAUAUCUGCAGGCAGCAGUUACACCCAGGAUCCGGGGCUGACUGUACCUCAUUGGAAAUUGUCUUUUUCCAUUUGAAAAUUUCAUUACAUCUUUUUGUUUCAGAGAGAAGACAUGCCAAAGUGUAUAGUCCGAAGUUGCCCUCACAAGAGUGGAAAAAAGAUUCAGUACCCUGAUGUGAUUCUGCACGUAUUCCCCAAGAACUUUGAACGAAUUAAGAGAUGGCUUCAACAGACCGGUCAGGAAUUCAAAGAUCUGGAUAGAUACGCGCAGUGCAUUCUGGAAGAGAAGAAAAAUGACAAUUAUCGCAUGUGCUCUGACCACUUCGCCCCGGAAUGUUACACAUUUAGAGGAAGCACUAAGGCUCUGAGGGAAGAUGCGGUGCCCACUAUAUUUCCCGAUGCGAAUGGGAGACCAAUGAUAAAAGAAAGCAACUUCAAUCGAUCGUAUGCUAAAAAAAUACGACUGCAGGCCCAAUUAGCAGAGACGCAAGCAUCAAAUUCUCAGAACACUGAGGUACCAGCUGCAUUCAUGAGCCAUGCAGAUUCCUUAGCCAGUUAUUUAGCUGGCAAAAGGAGAGAUGCAAGCACUCAAACAGAGGGACAUGGCGUUGCCACAGACCAAGCCGCUGAGUUUCCAGAAAUUGUGAUGCCAACAAAUGCUGAGCCUGACCUCUGUAACAGUAACAUGAUUAAAGAGUUAAUGGGUGAGAAGAUCCCUUUGCAUGAUAAGCAAACAUCUUGUCUUGGCAGGAACUGUUCUGUUGGGGGGUCCACUGUAACCUCUGUGCAGUCACAAAAGAGGAAAGAAUCUUCUCUCCCGUUGGAAACUACUCAUGAAGUCAGUGUGACCAUUGAAGACAUUUCAGAAGAGGAUAUAGUGCAAGAAAGGAAAUUUUUGGUCUUCGAGUCAUGCCUGGAUACCUUGUUCUAUAAACUCACGUGCGGUGCCGGUGUAGGCUGCACGUCUCCAGUCGGGAGCUUCAGAAAACAUGUCGACGGCUCAUUUCUCUCAGUAACUGGGUGUUGUGUGAAUGGGCAUCAAUUCCAGUUGUGGCAAAGCCAGCCAUACUUGGAACAGGUUGCUGCUGGGAAUCUUCUGUUAUCGGCUGCCAUUCUCUUUAGUGGCUCUAAUUUUAAGCAAGUCCAUGAAAUGAAUAACCUCUUGGGGUUGCAGCAGAUAUCCAGAACUGAUUAUUUGAAACAUCAAAAGGAAUUUCUCUUUGGGACUAUUGACCAUCACUGGCUUCUGGAGCAGCAGAGAGUCAAGGAAGAAAUUGGCAAAAAAGCUUUGUGUAUUGUUGCGGAUGAGAUGUACAGCAGCUCCAAGCACACAGCGAAACAUUGUUCCUAUGCAAUGAUAGAUCAGGCUACACAAAAGGUUGUUGAUUUCAAAGCUUGUCCCCUUGCCCGGAUUAGGUCUUUAACUGUGAGAAGGGCUUUUCAGAAUUGCCUUGACCGGAUACUGGAUGACAAAUUUGAUGUGCAUGCUGUUGCUACAGAUUGCCACCCUGGAAUAGAGAGAUUAAUGCGAGAGAAGUAUGUGGCCAUUAACCAUCAAUAUAAAGUCUGCAGUUAUUCUAAAGAACUAAAGAAGCGCCUGAUCCUGGCCAGUAAGAAAAAGAUGAGUGAAAAAAUUGAGUUAUGGAUAAAUCCCAUCAUCAACCAUUUUUGGUGGAGCAUUAAAACUUGCGGUGGGGAUGGAAACAUGCUUCGUGAAAGGUGGCAGUCUCUUCUAUAUCACCUCACAAACCAGCAUAACUGGGUGGAUUUAGACCUGUAUAGUUCUUGUUCCCAUAAGCCACUAACGUGGAAGGAGAGGAAGGCCACCCCCUGGCUGAAAAAAGAGCCUAGCCUAUAAGCAUCUUGUGGAAGUUGUAAAAGACCCACAGAUGGAAAAAGACUUUCCUCAUCUGUCUUGCUACUGCCACACUGGUUACGUUGUUAGCUUCCAUAGCUACAUUCGUAAGUACAGAGCCAGUUUAGCGCUUGAUAUGGAUUCGAUGGAAGCGAGGACCAAACUGGCCGUACUUGCCCACAACCAUAAUAUUGGUAAACAGGGCAAAAUACGAGUGCCCGUGAAGCAUAAAAAAUGGUUUGAUAUGCAAAAAGAAAUGAAGAUUGCCUCCAGAGCAAAUAGCAGAUGGCUUGUGAAAACUGUUCACGGAGAAAUGUCAAACGCACAUUUGAAAGGUUUGUUAACGGACCUUCUUAGAAUGUGCAAUGGCAAACUCGUCUCCCCAUGGAAAGCGAGAUCUGUGCAUCUUCCCCACAGUGCAAGGGCUGCACGUCGACCUGUCGCUGGAGCAAAAAGAAAAUAAAAUUGCUACUUUCCUGCAACUCCUGAGGUGGAAAUAUUUUCUGAAUAUAGACAAAAGCAAGAACGCAGAACCGUUUCCUUGGCUGGCCGGACUUACCCCUGGCUUUCAUUAUGCACCUGACUGGUGAAUACCUACCGCUUCGUCCCAAGCGUAGUUUCUUGUGUAUAUCUGGAUAUGGCAUUGCACUACCCACCCAGGUGGUCACCUGUGUGUGUGGAAAGGGUGUCGCUGUCCCAUUUCAGGUGAGGCGCUGUGUCCCCCUUCAUUGCCCGUGGGUGGGAAAAGCCCACAUGGAGCAUCAUUAACCAUUCAGAUAAGGCACCACUCCCCUUCCUUCGCUCUUGGGUGGAAAAACCAACAUGGAGUAUCGCUAAAUCCAUUCAGGUCUGUAAUGGCUUUGAGUUGCCUCUUAUAUUUCUUUGCCAAGGAUGUUCCCUAAAUUCUGACACCUCAUAUGAAACUCUCUUGAUUCUAUUGCUUUGGGCUGAGGCAUAAAAGGAAACGACUGCUGUUAGUGGGAACACUGCCUUGAACCCUGCAGAAUAUUUCAGCCUGUUUGUUCUUGUAGGUCUGACCAAGAAGCCCAUUCAUAAUGAGAGGAUGUGUUCAGCCAUUUUUUUUAUCCAGUAAGUGUCUCCCAGUUCAGUACAGAUGGCGCAUAUGUCCAAUGUUGUCUUGCCUAGGAUGGACCCUAAAUUCUGACACCUCAUAUGAAACUGUCUUGAUUCUAUUGCUUGGGCUGAGGCACGGAGAUUAAUAAUCUUCUCACAUAUUAGCUUUGUAAGCUCUGUGUACUAUUAUUUUAAUAGGGAUUUAUCUAUCUGUGUUACAGACAUGGUGCCGUUCUUCUUCCUUCACUCUGGGGUGGAAAAACCAACAUGGAGUAUCGCUAUAUCCAUUCAGUGCUGCUGAAAUGGAACAUUCUUAUGCACGGCCCUGUGAGUGCAACGCAAUACAGGCAGCUCUGAAUAAAGGGAGAACAUGGAGUCUGAUCCCGGCGCCGCUGAUCUUCGCACAUCGGGAACUGAGCCAGAACGUUGUUCUUUAUUGUUACAUCAUUAGGAACAUGAUUAUCGAUGACGGCAGAUAUUAUUGGCUCCAUCUAGAGGCUCUGAUCAGAAGGAAUCUCUGCCUUGAACCAGAAAACCUUUUUUGGAUGCUUCGCUGGAAUUGUAUUAUAGGAUCAAAAAUAAAAGCAUAAACUCGC